AUGUCAAACGAACACCUGAAUGCUGCCGAUGAGCUUUCCAAACUCAAAUAUUUAAAUAUAACGGCGGAUGAAACUUCUGAAGACAGGCUGUCUCCUACUCGGCUUCGAGUUGGCACAUCUAAAACAGAUGACAUUUACCGACAGAAGCGCCAAACGAAACAUAUUAUGUCAAAAAAUGAAGUAUUUCUGAAUCCAAAAUAUUUUGAUAAUGAAGAUUAUGACCCUCAGACCUAUUUAAAUGAUAUAUUGCAUGAUGCUACAGAAGAGGAGUUUGUUUCUUUGUAUAACAAACUGUUACGCAUCCACAUGGGUGUCCGAAAGAAUUUGGAGAAGAACUUUUACAAAAAUCUUAACGAGUAUGUCUUUAUUUCCAGCGAAGUAAAUAAUUUGAGCCAAGAACUGGGACGGUACAAGUCGCUACUAGGCGUAUUGGAGGAGAAUAUUGAACGGCUAAGCUUAGUUGAGCUUUCGCAGCACCCUUCUGACGAGAAUUUAAAACGAUCCAUGCGACGAUUGGAAACUGUCAUUGAUGGUUGCAAUGAGGAGUUUUGGAAAAGUCCCAAUAGAAGCUUGAUUACAAAACAAGGACGUUGGACACUCAUUAAUCCUAGAAACCAGAGAGUUCGUUUGAUUGCCAAUCUUUACUUAUUCAAUGAUUGCAUUCUUCUUACUUCUUCACAUUCUUUGGAUAAAGAAAAGAAAAUCAAAGAACAAACUCUCUAUCAAUGGAAUCUUAUUGACUCUACAAUUUCUCCAAUUGAAACUACUGAACAAGUGGAUGACGAUGCUAUUUCCAACUUGGACAAAGACACAAACUUAUCCUAUGUUACCGUCAUGUGUAAUAAAAAUGUAUUUGUGCUUGGGAACAGCAACCUUGAAGAACGAGACUUCUUUAUUCGUCAAACUAGACAAUACCAAGCUCAGCAGCUCCUUGAACAUACCCAAAAGAGGGUGGAUGACACCCAAUUGAAACUAGAGCUCGAACAUUUUAUCAAAGAAGAGCAGGCAAACUUAUCGUCAUACACGUCUUUUCAGCUGCUUUGUAAAACUAUUGAUUCACCAUUACUUUUACAAUCUUACGCCUUCAAAAGGGAAAUUUUGCAGGAUCUUUUUGAACAAUUUAACCAGUUAGACAACUUUAUUUCUCUUCGCCGAUAUUCUGAUGCUAUACACAUACUUAAUUUACUGAGAAACCGCUUACAACGAGAAAGAAUUCAACAAUUACUGUCGGAUUUUUUAAUGGACAAAUUAGAGUAUAAGACUGAGGAGUUGAAAGAGCUAUUCCUGCAUCAAAUUGGAUUCCCAGGGAUUGGAGUUACGCAAGGAAAACAACUUGUUAAAUAUUUACGAUCCAUUGGGUUUGAAAACGAUGCACGAAAAGAAUUCUUUAAAUCUCGUGAAAAACAGCUCAAACAGAAAUAUUACAAUGUUCAAUGGGAAAAGGACAUAUCAAACUUAGUUACCACCAGCUCGUUUAUUGUUUUUCGGUAUAUGGCCCACAUUACUCGUCUGUAUACUCAAAUGUUCGAGAUAAAAAAACCAGAUUCACUUUAUCGAAACUGGUUGUACUGCCAGGUUGAAAAUUUGGUAUUUUUUAUCGAAAAUCAGUACAAGGGGUAUCCUCGUGAUAAAUCGUACGCUGAAGCGAUAUCAAAAAUUACGACGUAUACUACAGAAUUGAAGAACAUGAAGUUAGAUAUAUCCCCAAUUCUUCAGCGACUUUUAUAA